ACUUCGCUGCACUGUAGUUGUUAAGCGCCUACUCAGAAUUACGACAGUCGGAUUUAACGUGACGCGGAGCACAUCACAGUCGUCACACUAAAGAGGACUAUUUCGACGAUUAAACGGCAAGGUGUGUGGCAUUUGUGUGGGGAAAAACAACCUAAAAAGGACUUCAACCUGUUGAACCUGACAACAAGGGGUCCCUCAGGGUGCCCCCACCUCAUAUUCGAUGCUUCAUAAACGUCAUGCACUAUUGCACACUACGGAGCUGGUUUGGACUUGACAUUGCCCUUUAAGACCGCCAAACCUCUCUCAUCCCUUCCCCCGUCGUCCGACCACCUUCUCAACGGCCGAGAUGACAAAAGUAGCAGCGUGGUCCGCCGAGGAUGUCGCCGACUGGCUGAGCAAAGAGGGCAUGCCGGAGUACAUCGACCCACUCCAGCAGACUGACGGCACCGCCUUGCUGCGGCUCACGCGGGUGGAUUUCCACUCACCGCCACUCCUCCUGGUGUCCUCGGACGGCGGGCAGCGGCUGCUGGAGCGUCUGGAGACGCUGCGGAUCGAGACCCACAUCGAGGCGCACAAGAACGGCCACGCAAAUGGGCACGCCGGCGGGCUUCCCAACGGGACAGUUAAGCCCCAGAAGAAUGGCAUGUUGCGGACGGCAGAAAUGGUGCGCAUUCCCAUCCCUCCGAUGGAGAACUCGCGCACCUCCUUCCCGCCCGAGUGGGGAAAGACUGGCGUCGCCUUCGUCUACGCGGUGGUGUGCUUCGUCACCACCACCAUCGUGAUAUCGGUGGUCCACGAGAGGGUGCCGCCAAAAGAGCACACCCCGCCGCUGCCCGACAAGUUCUUUGACCUGUUCAACAGGGUAGAGUGGGCCUUCUCAAUCUGCGAGAUCAACGGCAUGUUGCUGGUGGCGCUAUGGCUCAUACAGUGGGUGCUCCUCAAACACAGGUCAAUCAUAGGCAGGCGCUUCUUUUUCAUUGUGGGUACACUGUAUCUAUAUCGGUGUAUUACCAUGUACAUCACCACUCUGCCUGUCCCCGGGAUGCACUUCAAAUGCUCUCCGAAGCUUCUCGGCGACUGGGAAGCGCAGAUGAGGAGGGUAAUGAAAAUGAUUGCCGGCGGGGGCCUCUCCAUCACGGGCUCCCACACCAUGUGUGGAGAUUACCUAUACAGCGGCCACACGGUCAUGCUAACGCUAACAUACCUCUUCAUCAAGGAGUAUUCCCCCAGACGGUUCUGGUGGUACCACUGGAUCUGCUGGACCUUGAGCGCCGUGGGAGUCUUCUGCAUCCUUCUGGCCCACGACCACUACACUGUGGAUGUGGUGGUCGCUUACUUUAUCACUACACGCCUCUUCUGGUGGUACCACACGAUGGCCAACCAGCAGUCGCUGAAAGAGACGUCGCAGAGUAACCCCUUCUCGCGGGUGUGGUGGUAUCGGCCCUUCCAGUACUGGGAGGAGAACGUCAGCGGCAUCGUGCCCCGCUCCUACCAGCUGCCGCUGUGGGUGCGAAACGUGCAGUGGAAACGCGGUGUCAUGUACAGCCGGCUGGACGUCCAGUGACGCUCGCCCCGCGACGUCACGGCAGGCCAGGACUGUGAAUUCCAGAAGUGCUGUUUUUAAAUUUUUCUUAUUUUAAGGAAGAAGGCACUGUUUUGAUGUAGCGCUGUCUUUCCCCGCCUCCCUCUAAAAGCAGGUGAUCGCUCUGUUAUCGUUGAUCCCUACCUUUUUGUGUUAGUAUUUUUGUUCUCUUUCUCUGCAGGUAGUAUCUGACAUUUCUUUUUAUUUGUUUCAGUAUGUCGUCCUCUUUGUGCAUCCCUUCAACGUGUCAAGCAUUUCGAAAAAUAACGCUGUAAUAUUAAUUUAUUAGGCCGUACAGGCUGUAACAAGCAUUUUUUCCCUCCUUGUUCUUAGCACAAAAUAAUACUUAUUGUCUUAUUGUCACGUUUUCCCCCCUCCCCAAUCAUAGCUGUCCAAUAAUAGGCAUGUGUCUCGAUUUUGUUUUUGAAUCCCAAAUACAAAGAAACUAAUUUAAUAUUUUUUGUUGGGCAGCGAUCAUAUUUAAGUUAAAAAUACCACCUGCAUUUUUAACCAACCAAUCAAACCAAUUUAGUUUUUUGUAAGCAAAACUUGCUAAAAUAAGUCAAAGGUGCAAAUAACUAUAUUUUCUAAGCAUGUUUAUUUUUCAAGAAAAAAAACAAAACGAUGUCCGCCAAAAGUUUUUUUUUUUUUUUUUUUUUUUUUUUUAAAUAGAUUUUUACCUUUUUCAAUAAAUCAUAAUGAUCUAUAUCUAUAAUGAAAUAUCACAGUGCCUUUUCUUAGCUUGAUUGUAAAAUAACUUCAAGUACCGCGUGUCUUGUGUCCCUUGGGCCACGUUGCAGUCCCAAGGGGUCCUGUUUUGAAUGUAAACCCCCCUCCACUAAAAAAAAAAAAAAAAAUCAAACCAGCCUUAUUACAAGAUUGGUCUUCCCCAAAUUAGAGUGAAAUAUGUUGCAUCCAUGUAUUUAUUGAUGCUUUAUGACGUCCUUUGUGGUUGGAUAACAUGAAUAAUGACUGUUAAUUGUGUUUUGUUGUUUUAUAAGUCGGUCUCAUUUCAUUUGUUGAGUUAAGUCUUGGAGCAACACCAGGGUGAAAGCGGGGUACACGCUUACCGAUUUUUUAAACAUUUAAUAUUUAUUAUUAUUAUUGUAAUAUUUUUUUAGGUGAGAGAACUUACACACAAGGAAGUGUGUUUUUACUCGUCGUGUUUGGUGUACUCGAGAUGAGCAACACAACACACCACGUACAUGCUGACAUCUCCACCGCCAAUUGAGUCUUCUCCCCGAGACCAGUAAUUGUAGUCGCCUGUAGGAAUGGAAGAAGCUAUGCCAACUCUUGGCUUAUCUGUAGACUAUGUUGUGGUUGCAUACUCUUUUCCUUGUCAUUUUUGUUGUUGUGGUGAGUGAAUGAAUUGAUUGAGACAUUAUACAAACACUCAACACAACCAUUUGCUGCUCUGUGUGCUUCCGUGAGCUCACCGAUUUGCUAUCGUUCCAUUUCACAUCACAAUUACGGAGUCUGAUAGUGACAGUGCGAUCGUGAAUAGUGGACAGAUAUGUAAAGGUGUGCGGCAGGCCUUAGCACAAUCGUUCUGCUCGUGUGCUGAACUGACUUACGAGUGAGGACGGAGGAGUGUUGCCCACUGACCUAAGGGGGGGAAACAAAUGUCCCUUUACACAAUACUGAAAUUGACUUGACUUGACAACGGUUAAAUUUGGCCACAGAAUCGAUAUGCGUGUACCCACUGCUUAAGGAUUGUUCCCUGGUCAGAGGAUGUUUAUUGAAGGCUGUAACCAAGUGUUGGAAUAGUUCACAGAGUGAAACAGUAGUUUAAGGUGUGACUGAAAUGGUUCUGAAUGUGCUUCUUACACAGAACAGGGCUGGGGAACCUACCUCAGAGCAACGGUUAUAAAACCCCACAAAUGAUUCUAAAAAUCCAUCCUUUGGUCCUUGCAUCGUACACCACUCGCAAAAAGUUACGGAUAUUUAAGGAGACCAAGGCGACGCCCAGCAAUCGAUCACAAACAGGAUGUUUGUGAUCAACUGUUAGGUGUUGUCUCGCUUUCACGAUAUCACAGUGUAAACAGUUGAACAUUUUGGGGUUCAAAUUUUAGGUUCAUCCUGAAAGUUUACCCAACAGACGAAUAUCCCAACGUUUUGUGAGUAGUAUAUUUUAUCGACUGUUCCCCACGCCUGUUUGGAGACUUGUGUAUUGUUUCUUUACUGGUCUUCCAAACAUACUGAAAAAACAAUCAUUGCGUGAUAUGUCUCUUAAAAGGGGCAACAAGAUGGUGGUGUGAAGUGGGAAUGGUGUCGUUUUCCGCGAAUGUGAAAAAUGUCCUGGUUUAAUGAUCCCUCGCCAAGCAAAGGCUGAAAACCUGACAUUUUAAUUUCAAAUUCAAAACCCUUGCAAUAGGUUACAUUUAAAUUUAGGAAUGGGUUUAUCUUCCUCAAUUGAGCAUUUCAAAGGGAGAAGAUAAGGGAAUUUUAUUUCUUUUGUGUUCUUUUUUUUGUUUGUUUUUUUUGGUUUUGGUUUUUAAUUUUUUUUUUGCACACAGUUCAAAAAGCUUGACAGUGUUUUAUGUUUGAGAUGUAGUCCAAUCAUCUGUUUUCCAUAAGAGCACAACGUUACUCACGUGCAGCCAUGUAGUGAUUAGCUUGAACUAAUUGUCCAAAUUGGACUGUAAUAAUGUUUGAUAAAGGGCGAAGAAGACAUUUCUCUUUGGUUUGCCAAUCAAGCUGCUGUUUUUUUGUUUGUUUUUUGUUUUGUUUUUUUCCCAUUAAUUAUCCUAUACGUAUGUUCAUCUGUACACACAGUUUGUCCCAUUUUGUGCAUAUACCACGUUUGUAAGAUAUGAUAAAGGAAUCUACAUGGGACGCCCUUGAAUAAAAAGAUUUUACUACA